AUGCCAGCUCUAAGUGAAGUGCUUCCAAAGAAUCCUGAUCGCUGGUACAAGCAGACUCAUCUUGUACGACUCAACUUCUGCGUUUUUUCACUCUUCAUGUUCGCUUCUGCUAAUGGCUACGAUGGCUCAUUAAUGAACGGACUCCAAGCAUUGAAGCAAUGGAACCACUUCAUGAACUCACCUGCUGGUGCUUGGCUGGGUUUUAUCAACGUCAGCUACUGGAUCACCGUUGGUCUGGCAAGUCCGGCUGUGGGCUGGGCCACUAACAAGUAUGGCCGCAAGCCGCCCCUCUACUUUGGAUACGUGUUUCUACUGAUCGCCACCGCGAUCCAGACUGGUGCUAAAGAUCCCGCUAUGUUCAUCACAGCUCGUUUUCUACUCGGACCUGCUACUGCCUGCUUUGGAAACGCAGCGCCUCUAUUGGUGGCCGAAAUUGCAUAUCCCACCCAUCGUGGAGUCGUCACCGCUUUGUUCUUCUGUGGAUUCUACGUCGGUGGCAUCAUCGCAGCUUGGACUGUCUUCGGCAGUCAGUACAUCCUAGGCGACUGGGCCUGGAGAUGCCCUUCCCUGCUGCAGGUGAUUUGUCCUCUUCUGGCGCUGCCUGGCUUGUAUAUGUGCAGUGAGAGUCCUAGAUGGUUGGUCUCUGUGGGUCGAAUUGCAGAGGCUCGGACCACACUUGCGAGAAUCCACACUGGAGGAGCCGAUGAAUCUUCGCCUUUGGUCAGUUUCGAGCUCGCAGAGAUUGAAAAGACGAUUCAGUCAGAAGCAGACGCUCAGGUCAAUGCAAGCUACACUGAUAUGCUCAAGACGGAAGGAAAUCGCCGCCGCUUGCUGAUCACAUUGACGCUUGGUUUCUUUACUCAGUGGGUUGGCAACGGAGUUGUCUCAUACUACCUGGCACUCAUGCUCAAGACCGUUGGAAUCACCAGCACACGCGAUCAGACUCUGAUAUCGGCCUGCCUCCAGAUCUGGAAUCUUUUGCUCAGCGCGGGCGCCGCUCUGUUGGUCGAUCGCUUGGGAAGGAGGUUGCUUUUCCUGAGCUCGUUCGUGAUCAUGCUCGUUAGCUACGUGGCAAUCACUGGCUUAUCAGCAUCUUUCGCAUCGACAGGCGCCUCUGCGACUGGCUUGGCAGUGGUACCUCUACUUUUUAUCUACUUCGCUGGCUACGACAUUGCCCUCACACCCCUUCUCAUCGCUUAUCCUGUUGAAAUCUGGCCAUAUCACCUUCGCAGCCGUGGCCUCAGUCUCGUGUGGGUUACAGUGGUCGUCGCAGUUGUUUUCAACACCUUCGUCAACCCUAUCGCUCUGGCCGCAAUUGGAUGGAAAUACUACAUUGUGUUUGUUGUGGUUAUUCUUGCAUACGGUAUCACUGUGUUCCUCUGCUAUCCAGAGACUCGCAACCACACUCUCGAAGAGAUCGCCAUCAUAUUUGACAAAGAUGAUACAGUGCUGCAGGGGUUGGAGAUGGACUCAUCAGAGGUCACGAUCAAGGAUAAGGGGGCUGAUGUCAAGAUCACUGACGUCUGA